AUGAGGCACUUCUUGUUUUUGGCCUCUGCUGCUGGCUUCCUGCCUGCUUUGAUUAUGAGAGUAAAACCAGCUAGAGUUCUAUAUAAGACACGCCUCACCAAAUUGGCAACUGUCCAAGAAGAAAUCGUUACUUUACAUAACACGCUCUGGAGAAGAGUUGUUCCAUCCACCAGCAACAUGCUGAAGAUGAGCUGGAGUGAAGGAGCUGCCCAAAAUGCCAGACUGUUGUCAAAGGAGUGUGAAUUGACAGAGAGUAAAGCGCUUAAGAGGCGAAUUACAAAUACCUUCUGGGGAGAAAAUAUGCAUUUGACAUCUUAUCCUAUCUUGUGUUCAAAAAUAAUCAGAACCUGGUACAAUGAGUCUAAAUUUUAUGGCAAAUGGAUAUCAAUGGAUGAUGAUGUAACAAUUGAGCGUUACACCCAGUUUGUUUGGACCAUUUUUCACACUAUUGGCUGUGGCGUAGCAUCAUGCCAAAUGUUUUUGUCUCUCCAUAUUUCUGCAUUUGUCUGUGUUGUCAUGAGUGUGUGUAUUAUAUAG